CUUCUUCUUCUUCUUCUUCUUUCUCUUUUCUUUCUUCUUCUCUACUUCGACCUAGAAUCUGCUAGGGUUUAUUUACAUGGUAUCAGAGCUGUAAGAUUGUAUCCUCAUUUCUUUCUUGCUGCUGUUCUCUUUCUGGGUUCGCCGCCAACUUUCACAGUCAUCUUCUUCUUUUUCGACUGACCUGAGUGGAGGUUCGAUAAGGGGCUUUAAAGGAGCUGUCGUUUUGUGGGCCUGGAGGUGAGAAUGCCUCCGGUCGUUGCUGUUGUGGUCGUUGAAGUGGUAAUAUAAACCCUCUAUUCAGUAUCGAAGAGGGMUGAAUGUGGACAGGUAUGAACACUAUUGUUGUUUGUCCAAGUAAGGGACUGUGAAUGUUCUUUUUGCUUCAAAAGUUGGUUGUGGUGAUGCUCGGUGUGACUGAUAUGCAUUUCAGCUGUGUUCCUCUGCAUUUUUCUUCAUAUGUAUGCUGAAAGAAGAGUUGUCGACUGCCGAAGUUCACAACAGCAGUAGAUUAGUGGUGGUUGUGUCGUGGUGAUUGGUGUAUCUAUGUUUCUAAAUAUUUAAAAGUYGAUCUCCUGGACCUUGUGUGUAAUCAGUUCUGCAGUGUGCAGCCCAAGUGUUUGAUGUGAAGACUGAGUGAUUUCAGUCUUAGUGUGUUGAUGGUGAAUGGUUCUGCAAUGUGCAGCCUAGGUGUUUGAUGUGAAGAUUGAGUGAUUUCAGCCUUAGUGUGUGGUGUGUAAUGUGUAUUUAAAGAAGCUGGAGUUGGUGGUGUUAUAAGUGAGAUAAGCAUUGUGAAAGAGUGUGAGGUUGUGUUGUAUAUUUGAAGGUGGAAUAAUUAAGAUGGCUUCAUUUGAAAAUGGGAAUGAUAACAAAACAGUUGUCAUGCUUUCUCCAGACAAUCUAAGUGUUCAAAUGACAUCCWUCAAGUUGAAUGGUGAGAAUUAUGUACCAUGGGCAAAAUCUGUGGAGGUGUUCUUGAAGGCCUAGAGGAAGGUAAAACAUGUAAGAGAGGAGAAACCUCCCUCUGGGAUUCCCCUGGGUUCAGUGACUGGGAACAAGAAGAUGCACAGAUAAUGGCAUGGCUCUGGAACAGCAUGGAACAAAAGAUUAGUGUGAACUUCAUGUUCCUAGAUACAGUUAAGGAAAUCUGGGAUCAUGCUAAGAAGUUGUACUCUGGACAAGACAAUACAACUAGGGUGUAUCAGUUGUACCAAGAGUACUUCAAUUUGAAGCAAGGGAGUCAAAGCUUAGAAGAGUACUAUGCAAGUUUGAGGAACAUUCGUAAUGAGCUCAAURUGUAUCAUCCUCUAACAUCAGAUGUUCAGAUCCAACAACAACAACGUGAGCAGCUUGAUGUGACAAGGUUUCUUGUGGGGUUGAAGGCUGAGUAUGAGCCUGUCAGAGCACAAAUAUUGGGAGGAUCUGCUCUUCCCUCACUUGAAGAAGUUUUUGCUCGUCUUAAGAGGACAUCCAUUGAGUCGGUAGAACAUUCUUCUCUCUGACAGAUCUGGUUUGGUAGUGACUAAAGGGGGUGGUCGUGGAAAUAGAAGUGGUGGUGUCAGGAGUGGACUCCCAAGCAACCGUGGUGGUCACAUGUUUAGCAGGGCCAGUGGUCGGACUGGAGGCCAGGACUCAGGGGGAGCCCGAGGAAGAGGAAGGAGUAAUACUCAGAGAARGUGUACACAUUGUGGUUUAGAGGGGCACACAGUUAAUUUCUGCUAUGAUUUGCAUGGUCCACCCAACACUUGGGCUAACCAUGCUAUGACUAAGGGUAGUGACACAAUUACUGAAAGUCAGCAAACUGACACAAUCCCCUCCACAUCUACCUGUGCUUCUAAGAAAGAA